UCUGAGUGUGACAUUGAAGCCUUCUGGAGACUGAAGCCGGAUCAGGCAGGAAUUGCGUUUGAAUGCUUUGCUCGAGGAUUGAACAUGGUCAGUCCAGUGUCUGCUGAUGAACAUGGCGGCGACUCAGGGGCCAGAGUUUGGAGGUGUGGAAGAAUACGGGACAUGGAGUCAGUGAACUUGCUCUUGAAGAUAAGUGUCGGUUAAGUCGGGGCGAAAGGUGCCUAGGCUAAUUCGAAUCGAAGUGUCCUUCAUAGAUCGAAUUGAAGUGUUGUUGCAUCGUCAGAGUGUAUAUUUACCUCAGUUAUGGCCAAACGUAAAGCUCGACAGGUGUCUCCUGAAGCUGCUCCCUCGUCUCCUUCAGAAUCUAGUGAAGGUCCUACUGGCAGUGAGUCCAGCUCUGGAUCUGAUGUGACCGAGUCAGAGGAUGAUUCACCUUCUUCAUCUUCAGGUGUCUCGGACGAGGAGGGCAUUGUGAACGUUGACUUUGAGUUCUUUGAUCCGAAACCUACUGAUUUUCAUGGAGUGAAAGCUCUCUUGAAGAGCUACUUGGAAGAUACACUGUGGGAUAUCAGCGGGUUCGUGGAUAUCUUUUUAGCUCAAACUACCGUAGGGACUGUGGUGAAGACCUCUAACGAUGACAAUCCAAUCGGGAUUUUGACAGCUCUAAACCUGGCUAGGUACAAAGAUCGUGCUUGCAUGAAAGAGAUCUAUCAGUAUCUUUGGAAAAAUAGCAAUGGAAAAGCUGAGAGAGAAAACCUUGAAACAAUGUGGAACAAGCAAGCGAAGGACGUGGGAUUGAUUGUCAGCGAGCGACUAGUCAACAUCCCUAUUGAUCUCGUCCCUCCCCUCUAUAAUAGUCUUCUUGACGAGGUCAUGUGGGCUACUGAAGAUGAGCCAACUAAAGAACUUCAAAAUUUCUUCAAGUUCAAGGACUAUGUCAUCGUGACUCGGGUGUUCGUGGAGCAUUCCAAGAAGAAAGGUUCAGAUGAUGGCAAGCAGGCGAAGGUAGGUAUCAUACAGAAGCAGAAAGGUGUUACUGAGGAUAAAGGGGAGCUAAUCUACGUAAAGCCUGAAGACGAAAUUUUCCAUCAGCUAUGUACGUGGUCUUUCACUUUCCCGGUGAAUGCAGAGUCACUAGCUGCCCACGAGACGAAAAACGUGAAGCAACUACGUCUGGUUAUGGGGUUCCAAGCAAAACGCAUGGCUGCUUUUAGGGAUGCAGUAAAGAACCUGGCAGAGGAUGGUGACGAAACAAACGCAACAGAUUCUUAACUUGUAGUCUUGCUAGAUGUUGUGAGUACACAACAUACAAUUUUGGGUAGAUCGAAGGAACUUUGAAAACUGUAUCGGAGUAGGAAGUAUACCACUGAUUAGUGAACACUUCAGGUUUAUGGCCCUUCAUCAUCAUCAAUUGGUUUUCGUGACGAGGAUUUUGACUCAACAUUUAUUCUUAAGCACAUUACUUGCUCAAUUUAAAGGACGAAAAUCAUGGACAGUUCCUUA